AUGGCCAAUUUUACUAAAAACUUCCAGUCUUCAAGCAAACCAGAUGGUGAAAAGAAAUACCAGGGUACAUUGGUUGCUUCUCCAGCAAAGGCCAUUUCACCAAAGACAAUAAAGCAUAUUGUGCCAAAACAAUUGACCUUGAGCAGGGAGUCAACAGGUCAUGUGGCGUCGUUUUUGGUAAAGGUUAUUGCUCUUGAGGUAGUGAGGAGGAUUUCUAAAGCAAAAUGUCCUUUUGUAUGGAAUUCUAUUCAAGCACUGCAAGUUCUUGGAUAUCCUCCAUUUAGGUGGAUUCAAAGAUGGGCACCACUCAAAUUUGUUGUGCAAGGCAUUCAGACUAAGCUUCUUGAGGAGUAUAACACAUUGUUCUAUGAUGUUUCAAAUCCUCUGAAAUUAUCCACUCCACUGCUGUUCCUAUCUGUCACAUCUGCACUAGGUGAUCUUUCAUCUAAGAGCGAUGAAACUGAUGAUGGACCUAGUAGCACUACAGGAGCUCCUGACCUUCCUGCCGAAUCAAAUGAAACAUCAUCGAUUUCUGAUACAAGGGAGGCCACUGAUGGGGAUGGUACAAAGGAUAUUGUUGUUUCUGAGAAUUGGCUGGUGCUACUUUUCAAGGAACUUGAAAAACAAGGAAUCACUUUGCCUGAGAGGUUCAGUGAGGAUGAACUACGCAGAUUCCACAUGGCAGCAAAUGGUGACCUUUCAAUCUUGGUCUCUUCAGUUAAGAAGACAAUCCGUUGGAGGGAAACUUUUCACAUACUUACAUUGCAAGAACUUGAGAAAUGGUCCCAUUUGGUCUUUUGGCAUGGGUUUGACACUACACUUCGGCCUUGCUUAGUAAUCCGUCUUGGACUCGCGUGCUCUAGCAUAGCCCCUCGUGAUAGACCUUGUUUUGGGCAAGCAGUAGUUUCUCAGAUUGACCAUGGUAUUAUACAUUUGACCAACGAAGAAGAUCCAAGAAUUACUGUUUUGCUGGAUUGCCACGGGAUUUCUCCAUUCAAAUUUCCGAUGCAAAUGAUGAGGUCGUUUGUCAACUUGGUUCAAGAAAACUACCCAAAUCGUCUUGGAGUAUUAAUUGUUGUCCGUCUUCCUCCAGUUGUCAGAGUUAUUGCACAGACUUUUAUUCAACUCCUGAAACCAUCCACAAAGCAGAAGCUGCGUUUUGAGGGGGAAUCAUACAAAAAGACGUUAGCUGAGUUCUUACAGAUAGUGCCAGCUUUUCUUGGUGGCAAAUGCAACUGCUCACGAUGCAAGAAGCCUCGCGACAGUUCACUAAUCCAGGCAGGGGAGGGGAGCAGGAGCAGGAGCCUUACCAGCGCCGGCUCCAGAUCACGAGUCUCGGACAUGGACUUCGACGAGGAACUGGAGGAGCUUCCAUCCCCUUACAACUGCGAGAACGCGAUAAGGGCUGCGGUGGUCGGCCUCCUGAUGGUGUGGAUCUUUGUCGCGUUUCUCGCUGGGAUGAAUGACCCCCAGUCCAUGUCUUAG